CGCAGCCGCGUCUCCUGGGGCAACAGCCAUGGCGGCCGCGCUGUCCGAGCACCUUUUCUCGCUGGAGCUGCUGGUGGACUGCGUGCGUCUCCGAGCCGGGCUGCAGUCGCCGAUCUCGGGUGCAGGGGAGGGGGAGGAGGAGGAGCAGGAGGAGGCCUCGCAGACGCGCGACCUGUGCCCCGCCGUGGCCUUCCGCCUGCUGGACUUCCCCACGCUGCUGGUUUACCCUCCAGGAGGCCCCGCCGCGCCUGCCCCGGAACCCCGGCACGGCGUGAUCAGCUUCGGUCGCGGCAAGUCCUGUCUCUUCCGCUUCCACCCUGCCUCUCUGCACCGCCUCCUCCUGCGGACUCCCCUUUACACCUUGCUGCUGCAGCUGCCUCCCGGCCGCCCGACGCCCACCCCACAGCUCCUGGGGUCCUGCAACGUCUCGCUGGCGUCCGCGGCCCACGAGGUCGUGGGGCCGGCAGCCUCCGGGUGCUCCCAGGGCCUCCGGGGAAGUUUCCCCCUGCGUAACCGGGCCGGGGAGCAGAUCGGGGACAUCGUGCUGGCCUACCGCCUGACUGACCUGGGCAGCCGCUUGCUGGGCCAUGUUGAGCGGCCCAUCAAGGCCACCACCUGCGCAGGUGGAGUGGCGGGCAGAGAGGUGCAAGAGGCGGAGGAGGUCCGUUCUCAGACCCCACAGGAAAAACAGCAGCUGGAGCAGCUAGCCUCAGAGCCCAGCCCAAGAGUUGGUGCUAGGCCUCCGGGAGGGCUAAAAACCCCAAAGGCUUUGAAGGAUGCAGUUUCCCACAGUGAGGCCACCUCUGUUAACAGGGGUUCAGCGGAGAAUGGCAAAACUGACUCUGUUGUUACUUGUGAACAUGCUAGCAAUGGGCGGAGUAUCGGCCCCCUGGAUCAGGAAGUCACAGAGUUGGAUGUUGAAAGCAACAUAUUUUGCCCUCCUCCUCUGUUUUACACUCACAGGAGCCGAGAAAAGACUCCUGCACGAGUGACAAUCACCAUAGAACCUCAAGUGAAUGAACCUGGGGAACUGGAUAGUGCUUUUCCGGAGAAAAACCUUGUAAAUUCCCCAACGCAUGGGAGUCCUUCAAAACACUCAAAUUCUGCCACUUAUGAGACUCUCCCAAUACUUACAAAUCCUCCACAGAUUCAGGAUAUAGGAGCAGUUAAUCAAACUGCAUGUCACUCUCAACCUGAACAAAAUAGAGUUAAUAUUAUAAGGCAGUUGCCUUUGUUAAAUGCUUUGCUAGUUGAGUUGUCUGUCUUAUAUAACCAACCCAUGACAAGCCCUACUCAGAUACAUCCUCACCUAGCCUGGUUAUAUAGAACUGAGGAUCAAAAGGCACCAGAAUCUUCUACCAAAUCCUCCUGUCAGUCUGAAUCUAAGAAGGAGAAGCUUUCUAUGGGGGAACAGGAAAAGUCGGAGACUCUUCAGCAUAAAAAGAACCAAGUUGAAAACCAUAAGAAAUGUACAUAUUUUGAAAAGAAAAGUGGUGACCCCCCAAAAAGAGUUAAAAGGGGGAGACUUCUUUAUGGCUUAACAAAUACACUAAGGCUACGUUUAAAGCAGACAAAUCCUGAUAUGUUGAUAGUACAUGAGAAGAGAGAACAGUUUAGAAAAAUGCAAGCACAAAUGCUGGGUACAAGAUUCAGAAUGCCAUCACCCAAAGUUAAAUUAUUAAAUUUUGCAGAACAAAGUGAGAAGCCAUAUCUGUUGCCCAGAGAUAAGUAUGUAGAUCCAGAUGCAUCUUUAGCUGAAAAUAGUGAUACUGCAAGGCAAAUCAGUGGAGUUUUUGAUGAGCUCAGCACAAAUAAAGAAACUAAACUGGAAUGUGCAACUGAAACAAUGACAGUUGGUUGUGGUGCAGUUAAAGCCAAUAAUGAUUCAUCAAAAGAAACUGUGAGUCCUACAAAUUCUGUUAUGCCAGAAGAGUUUAUUCAUACAAAUAUUUUGGGAGGAAAAAUGGGAAUGAGAAUCCAGAGUCCGUUUAUUUUCCAACAGGAUGCUGUUGAUGGAAUUGUAGGUAAAGAAGUAGAUGAUAAGCUAGUCAAAACCACAGAUAAUGACAUUCUUAUUGGUGAUGUGAGUGAAAGUAGACCAAGUCAAAAUAGCUGCCCUGAGAGCGACUCAGAACUAAAGUAUUCAGAUGAUUUUAACAGCCCUUGCUAUUCUGACGACUUUUGUACCACGGAAGAUAGCAGCAAAAGUUUACAAGCUGAUGAUUGCGGAACAGGGGCAGAAGAUCCAAAAUACAGUCACUGUACAAGUAAGUCCGGUGGAGCAAAAUUGUUGAUCAGGGAAAACAGCAGCGAAAAGAGUUCUAUUCUUAGCCCACCUUUCUCCUCUGGAUCACCAGUACACUCGUAUAAAAGAUCUCAUAUUUUAAAGACUCGAGGUAAAAGUUUGGAGGAAGCAUCCAGUAUCUCUAGCAGUGAUUCAUCUUCAUCACAUCAGACUAAAAAACAAAGCCACACAGACCAAAAUGGUAUGUAUAAUUGUAAAGUUAUAAAAGGAGGUGAAGACAUCUCUGUUAAACUUAAAACAAGAACAAAUUGCAAGGCUUUAGAAAAAAACCAGUCGCCACAGACAUCUCAAGUGAGUUCUUAUCUGCCAUCUAAUUUGUCAGAACUGGAACUGAAUGUCCUGGACAGCAGUACAUCAGAUCACUUUGAGGAAGACAGUGAUGAUGUUGGCCCACUAAGUAUUUCCAAACAAUGCAAAGACAUUAGAGAAUUAAUUAUAAAUAAACUUCCAGGAUAUACGGUGUAAAAAUAUGUGCUUUAAAGUUUUUUUUUUUUUUACAAUGUAUGUGUCCUGUGAAUGAAAAACACUUUAAUUACUUACAUUAUUUUAGUAUGUAAAUUUUGAGUGUCCUUGUAAGAAACA